AUGGAUCAUAUGAUUGCUGAAUCAAAUUAUGAAAUUUUGGGUGCAAAAUCUUUAAAUAUGGAAAGUGUUAAAACGUUAAAUAGCAUUCAAAAAGAGGUUGAACAAUCGGGAUUGCCACUGAAAUUAAGUAGAAGGAGUUUGGCUGGUAAAAAUAUUCUGUUUAGAACCAAAAGACAAAAAAUAUGUUCUUCAUGUGAACGGGCUACUAGGUGCCCACGGGGUGCACCAGGGCCAAGAGGAGCAAAAGGUGAACCUGGAAGUAUGUUUGCAAACAUGUUUGGGCUUAUUUUAUUUUACAGUAAUUUUGACGUGAAUAAGACAAGUUUUACUUUAAAAACAAAGAUACAAGAAAUAAAAAACCUCUUCACAAAAACUUGGCGUUCUGUGUCAAAAAUCAGGCAAUUUUAUAUUAUUUUUUUAGCAAAAAGUUCGAACAAGCCGGUAGCAAAUCGGUAAAUUUAAAUGGAGGGCGGCCAACUCAGGUUUAUGACAAAAAUAAUUUUUAUUGAAACUGCUUGAUUUCUGACGCUUUUUGCGUCUGGAUGCCAACGUUUUGAAAAGAGGUUUUGUGACUUUUCAAAAACCAUAUUUUACUGAACGGUUAUUUUAAUUUGAGUGUGCCUAAAUUAAUUUCUAUAGACAAUGGACUUGUUGGAGAACCUGGUCGACCUGGGAUAACAGGCUAUGUCCAAAUUUUUGAUCAAUUUAACGGAGAAUGUAUUAAAUGUUCGUCUGGCUUACCAGGUCCAAAAGGACCUGACGGUCAUAUUGGAGAACCGGGCUCACCUGGUCCUAGUGGUAGACCAGGAUAUGACGGCUUUGACGGAGCGGUUGGACCUCAAGGCUCAAUUGGAGAUGAAGGUUUACCUGGAGAACGCGGAACGAAAGGUCAACGAGGAAUUGAUGGAUGGAAUGAGAAAAGAAUUAUUGGGCUUCCUGGACGUCUAGGGCCGCCGGGCGUUGAAGGGCAAAUUGGAUUACCUGGUACUAAUGGGAAAAACGGUACGUACGACGUUAUAUCGCUUUUUAUGACAUUUGGCAAGUUGGUAUAAUUCGCUUUAACCUAAAACGUAAAUUUUAAAAAUUUUAUGCAAUUUAGGUAAAAUUGGUUCUCCUGGUCCUAUUGGCCCGGUCGGGGAACCUGGAGAUGCAGGAAACGAUGGUUUGCCCGGAAGGUCAGGUCAAGUAAGUCACUAACCAUUUUUUAUACGUUUUUUUCAUUUAGUAUUCAAAACUUAGUAGUUUUAAUUAACCUGUGCAUUAUUUAUUUUUUAAACUUUAUGUUUAGCCCGGAAUUGCUGGUACAAACGGACCUGACGCUUCAUACUGUAAAUGCCCUGUGCGGAACUAA